AUGGAACUGACCGUGGCCCGUCAGCGCUCUCUUUUUAAUUCAUUUUGGUCCUUUGUCCAGGGCUUCGUCCUGCGAGCACUCAUAUCGCCACUGGCCUUAUUCCUUCCCAACUGGAGGUGGCUACAUGCAGCUCUAACGUUACCGACAGUCCUCAGCUUCCCCUGCAUCUGGUUUUUUCCCGAAUCACCUAGGUGGCUGGUGUCUCAGAAGCAGCCGUCGGAGGCGCUUCAUGCUCUGUACACAGGCUACCGUGUGAAUUCACUGGUGAGGUGUCGAAGUGGCGCCAAAAUGCUCACCAAAGCCGAGUUUUGCAACCGCUAUGAUGAGGCGCCUGUGCUCCUGCAGGAUUCGAUUGAGGUCAGUGGCAGAACUAAUUGCAAAUCUUGUUCGCAAAUGUGCUCCCAAAUGAUGCCGUCCUUAUUCAAUCCAGCCAAAAAUCGACGCCUUUUUCUCAUUACCCUACAGUGUAUCCUGCUCUUUAUCGGGCAAAUUGCCACCACGUUUGGGUUAAUUUUCUACGGUCGUUCCAUACACGCGGACAUAUAUUGGGUCAACUUUUGGAAUUCGGCCUGUCAAAUACCCGCAACCCUUAUCUCAGGUCUCCUUUAUCGUCUCUGUAAGAAGCGAAAAGUACCGAUUGCAGUACUCUAUGGCAUGGCUUGCAUCAUUCUCCUAUCUGCCUCGCUGUAUGUCAUUUUCAUCGCGCCUGGAUCGGAUCUGGUGCUGAAUAUUUGCUGCAAUCUGGCACUCAUUCCCAUCCUGGCUUCACUCAACAUGCUCGUCAUGUACGUGCUUGAACUCUUUCCCUCUGAAGUGCGCACCCAGGGUUUGGGCUUGGCUGCAGGAAUUGGCCGCAUCGGUGGGGUUCUCUGUCCCUUCAUCAACACCCUCGACUCCUACUCCCUCCACGGGGUGCCUGUUAUGGUCUAUACUGUGAUACUGGUCAUCCAGCUGGUAAACAUAAUAAAACUGCCCGACACUUCGGGUCAACAAUUACCGGACAAUGUGUGGUCUUCACGAGCCGAUAGCAUCGCGGCCUCUGUGAGUACCGUCAGCCGUCCAACAGCCGGGUGA